AUUAGAAUGUUCUAGAAUGUUCUUAUACAAAUUGGUCACGGCUGAAUGACUUCCGGUUCUAGAUUGUUCUAGAACUAGACUUAGACAAUUUUUUGUAACAGACAGCUAACAACAUCUCACUCAAAACCCUACCAUGACAGUCAAAACAACACUUAAUUUAAGAUCACAGAGUUUCUCUUUUAGUGACGUCUUCAAAGGGCUGUUACUUUUGGGUGGGCCAGUACUUUUGGGGGGACCGUUACUCUCGGGGUUCAAUAGGAAGCUUAAAUACUAGUGUUACUUUCAGGGAGCUGUUUCUUUUUAGGGGGCCUUUACUUUUGGAAUUCUGCGGUAUUUUCUACUGUACAUGUUAUUUUUAGAACUACUCAAAUCAGUACCCAGGGAUUUUAUGUAGCACAAUAUUUUUAUUUUGCAUAUAAUACACCAAAGACCUUCAUUGAUGUAAAAAAAGGCUCUCUACCUCUAAACAUCUUUCACAACUGAAAAUACUUCUUGUCAAAAAAAGGCACAACAAUGCGACAACAGUCCAGAGUGACGUAAUAGUGGUGUAAAUGGACUCUUGUAAGCAGACUACCUAUUGUCUAAACACACUAACACACAUAGCCUGCAUUGCAGGUGUCACCGGGGAAGGGGUAGGGACCAGGUGGCAAAAACACAAGGAAGAAGGGGAACGAACAGCACCCUAUCCCGAUAAAGAAGCUCGUUUCCAAUAAGCAGCCCAGUUUAAUUUCCUCAACCCGUAAAAUUCAAAAAAGCAAAAAGGACACUUGGCACACAAGUAUGCAUUGCAGACCUAUUUUUUCCGAAGGAAGAACUUUUAAGGCCUUGUCUUCUUAUUGGCUCAAUACAGGUCAUCUUUUAUCAGCAGGCCACUUGACUUAGGUGAUGACAGAGAGCAAGGAGAUGACAUGGGUGGGAUAUAUAAGGGGAGGGGUCAAUAGGAAAGCUUAAGGGAAAUGUUAACAACAUUUCCAUAGGUUAGCAGCCCUGACCAAGGAAGUAGAAUUUCCAUUUCAACAACACCUAGGCAAGUUUCAAUUUAGCUGCAAAAUUUAAUGGAGUUUCUGUGGCUUGUGUUUCGGAGAAAUCAAGAACAAAAAUUAAUAUUGCCUAGAUUGGGAAACAAAACACAGCUGUGAGGUGAGGUGACUGAAAGGUGGGGUUCCACUGUACCUGUACUACUUCUUCAUAUGUUUUCAAGAAAGCAAGAGUAUCAUAUUGCUUACCUUUGCAAGAAAAAGUCAAAUUGAAGGACACUCAGAUUGGCACUCUUAGAUCAUGUUUGUCAUUUCUUUUUGCAGAUGCUCUCAAAGGCAUGUCUGCCCAGAAGCUGAUGUACACCCCUUACGAUAUGUGACAAGCUUGUCUAAUUGUGUGGAAUUUGCUUCCAUCAAACCUGAACAAGUCCCUCUUGGCCCAAGUGUUGAAUUGACAUUAGUAGUCUCCAACCUACCACCUUUGACAGGGCUAAAGUGCUAUAUUCAUGGUAAGGAAAGAGUUACAAGUCUACUUUCAGGAAAUGUAGUUAAAUGUUGGACACCCCCAGAGGAAGAACUGCCCAGCAUUUCAAGUAACACAGGUGAUGUCUUUGUUGAUCUUGCCCUCUUCUCCACCCAGUCUCAGACAAUUUUUCUUACCACGAAACUUGGAUUUUAUAGCUGUUCAGACACUAAAGGGUGUACAAAUUGUGCAGAAGGAAAUUAUCAAUGCUACUGGUGUACAUAUCUGGGAAAAUGCACCAGUGAUGGAAAUGCUGAUUGCCCUAGGGAGUUUGUGAUGCCUAAACAAAACCGCACUGCUGGUUCAAGAGGUUGCCCUAGGAUACAAGGUCAGCAGACACUGCUUGUUCCAGCAGAAAUCAGAACUAACAUUUCUGUUUCUGCUUAUGAUCUUCCUGUGCCAAAGGCUGGUGCUUCAUACAAGUGUGAAUUGACUGUUGAUGGAGUUAUUAAAACAACAGAUGCAACAUGGAUCAGUGAAACACAGUUGUCAUGCUCUCCUAAGGAAUAUACCUACAGUGCAUUGGUCCAGAAACAAGCUGUUAUGUUAGCUGUUACAUUUAGGAACUCAGACGUCCUGUAUACACUUUUUACUUUCAAAGUGUAUCUAUACAAGUGCUGGAUAUCAAGAACAGACUGUAGCAGCUGUCAUAUUGAUGUAGAAGCUGACCCAAAUCUUAAAUGUGGCUGGUGCAAAGUCGGUGUACCAAAGUGUUUAGUGCAAGAAGCAUGUAGUGAUGUAAGGGCCUGGAUUCCAUACACAUCACGCUGCCUGACCAUACCUAAUAUAACCAAGAUAUGGCCAUUAGCUGGUCCAGUGGCUGGGGGAACAGAGAUUGAGAUUCAUGGAUCUGAUCUGGGAAAAAGCUUUGGUGAUAUUAGAGACUCUGUUUUUGUGUCAGACUUUAAAUGCCAUCCUGACCAAAGCAAAUAUCAACCCUCUAGGAGUAUCUUCUGUAAUACAUCAAGCAGUGGUCGCCCUCAGUCUGGCACUGUUACGGUAACAGUCAGUAAAAUCAAAGGAGAAUCAAAACAGCUGUUUUUUUACCAGAACCCAGAGCCACAGGAUUUCUACCCCAAGAAGGGUCCUCAAUCUGGAGGAACAUUAGUAACUAUCACAGGCCUUAAAAUGGACACUGGAAGAUACAUUACAGCCCAAGUUGCUGGACGGUCAUGUAUUGUUGACAGGAUCAGGGUAACAAAUACCAGUGUACCAUGUGUGAUUAGCCAAACUCCUGGAAGAAGAAAAAGAAUAAGUGCAAGUACAGGUGUCACAAUAUCGUUUGAUGGUUUUACACCAACUGGCCCCAGGGGAAUUUUCACAUUCACACCUGAUCCUACAGUCACUUCAAUUGAACCAAAUGAAGUAUUUUUCAGAGGGGGCCUUCAGUUACGCAUCACUGGCACCAAUUUGGAUACCAUCCAGAAACCAAGAAUGUUUUUUAUUUAUCCCUCACAAAAUGGUACCUCUAUUACAUCGGCAGUUCAGGAAUGCAAGUCAGUCAACAGCUCAUUGAUGACAUGUCGAAGUCCAGUAGUACAGGGCCUUCUUGGAAAUGUCUCACAGGUGGAGGCUCAAUUCUUGAUGGAUGGUGGUAUCAAGUUAAUGUCAAACUACACCAAACUAAUAAUGACUCCUGAUCCAUAUUUUGAGCGUUUUGAAGAUGGUGUUUACGUUCUUAAGACAAAGAACCUUAUCCUGGAGGGAAGAAACUUACAAGACAAACUUAGAAGGCACAUUUUUGUGAGUGUUGGAGUCUUACCUUGCAAGAUAACCAGCGUUGACACGACCCAACUGGUGUGUGUUGCACCUAUUGAGGACAACCAGUCUCCAAAGGCAUCUAAUAGUCAGUACACUGUUAAGGUUGUUGUAGGGAACUUAGAUUUCACUCUUGGUAAACUUGAGUAUUUUAAAGAGGUGGAAAGUAGGGUUAUUCCAAUUGAAGUGUGGAUAGGAGUGGGCAGUGGUGUAGCUUUGUUUAUAAUCGUUUGCGUCGUCAUACUUUGCUGGUGUCGCCGAAGUCGUCGUAAGCAGAAGAAAGAUAUUAAGACCCUUGAAGUGCAGAUGAACAACUUGGAGUCCAAAGUUGCUCGUGAAUGCAGAGAAGCUUUUGCUGAACUUCAGACAGAUGUGACAGACUUAACAAGUGACCUAUCUACCACUGGAAUGCCAUUUUUAAAUUUUCAAAUGUACGCUUUACAUGUGUUGUUUCCUGGGUUAGAUGAUCAUCCAGUUCUUCAUCAGAAUAAGGUUAUCCUGACAGAAAACUGGGAGAAAGGUCUACGGCAGUUUUCCCAACUGAUCUACAACAAGAAGUUUCUUUUGGUAUUCAUUCGCACCUUGGAGUCACAAAAUACGUUUCAAAUGAAAGACAGGUUGGUUAUGCAUUUGUUUUUACUUUACCAGAUUGAACUCGGAAAGAUUCUAAAGGACUUACUUUGUGAAUUGAUACGCAAAUCAGUAGCAAAGAGUCAUCCAAAGCUCCUGCUACGGCGAACUGAGUCAGUGGCAGAAAAGAUGCUUACCAACUGGCUUGCAUUCUCUAUGUACAAUUUUCUUAAGAAUGAUGCUGGAGAGCCAUUGUUUAUGUUAUUUAAAGCAGUUAAACAACAAUCUGAGAAAGGACCGGUAGAUGCUGUAACAGGAGAGGCAAGAUAUUCAUUAAGUGAAGACAAACUUCUCAGACAGGCUAUUGACUUCAAGCCACUGAAUGUUGCUGUGAGCUAUGAUAGUAAUCCCCCAGUGACUGUGGCAUUGCUGGACUGUGACACCAUCACUCAAGCCAAAGAGAAGAUCCUGGAUGUUUUGUUCAAGAACUCUCCAUAUUCAAGUCGUCCAGAGAAAGAUGAUCUUCAGCUUGAAUGGGAGCAGAGUUCUGGAAGAGUUCUUUCUCUGCGAGAUGAUGAUUCUCAAUCACUGAUUGAUGGGGAAUGGAGAAGGAUAAAUACGCUGAGUUAUUAUAAGGUUACAGAUAAUGCUUCAUUGAAGCUUGUCACAGGGCAGAGAUACUUUUGCAGCUCAACAGACUCCGAACUAAACAAAAAGAAUGCACUACGUGUGGCCUUUAGCCCUGCAGCAAGUUAUAGUCCUCUAGCAGUUAUGAGCGCAGAUGGACCAGAUAACGGUGGGAGGCUAUGGCAUUUGGUUAAACAAAUGGAUUACCCCACUGACAGAGCUGAAGAUGAUCGCAACAGCAAAUUCUUGUCAGAGAUUUAUUUAACAAGAUUGUUAAAAACAAAGGGUACCCUGCAGCAGUUUGUAGAUCGGCUUUUCCGCACUGUUUUUAUGAAGUAUCGUCGUGGCUGCAGCUUACCUCCAGCUAUCAAGUUUCUGUUCGACCUUCUUGAUACACAAGCUAAGGAACUCAACCUUACAGAUACUGAAGUGUUGCACACUUGGAAAAACAACAGUGUGCCGCUGAGAUUCUGGAUCAACAUAAUCAAGAAUCCAAACUUCAUUUUUGAUGUUUGCAAGUCUGGAAUAGUUGAUUCCUGCUUGUCUGUUGUAGCACAGCUUUUCAUGGAUUCCUGUUCUGUGACUGAGCAUGUCCUGGGAAAGGAUUCUCCAUCAAAUAAACUGCUUUAUGCAAGAGAAAUCCCAGGGUAUCGCCAAGAAGUUGAGAGGUUUUAUGCUGAGAUACAAGCAUCACCUGCACCCACACCACAAGAAUUAUCAAAGUUCUUUGCUGAUUUGUCAGUGGAACAUGGCCACGAGUUUAAUGGUGACCACGCGCUCCAGGAGUUGUAUGAUUAUGUCAGGAGAUAUCAAGAUCAGCUGCAAGAAGCUUUGGAAGAGUCUGAGCUGUCGUCGUUGGCUUCCAAGCUUGAACACGUGAUUGCCACCAUCUCUGAUGACUAGCUGAUGUCACAAGUUAGCUUGGUUUAUUUGCUUGCAUAUUACCGAUAUAUGUCAGCAUUUUAAAACUAAAGGAAUAUUUAAAUUAUAAAUUUGCCUAGCGUCCUAAUAGUUGUUAGUUCAACACAACAGUUCUACAAAGAGUUAGGUUUAUUGCAUAGUGCGUCAUUUGUAACUGGCCGUCGAGCUCCAGAAUGUUUAAGAUAUCAGCACAAAGUUUGCAAAAACGAAAUCGCGUGGCAAUAUACUGCUGGUAGAAACAGAAACGAAGUGUCAGAGCAUUACCAAAAUGUAUUUUGAUGACGUUUCUGUGCUGUGAAACAUUGACAGAAAGGGUGGAGAAAAUGUUAUUGUCUUAGGAACCGCUUUGCUGUGCCUGGUGCCAGCGUAGAUUUCUUUUUCAUUCAAAAGAAAUCAAAAUCCUUUUCAUUUAUUCUGUUAUCUGUCUAUCUAUCUAUAACCGAUCCAGGUUUUCUUUUUUGCGAUUGAUCGCUAGUCCAAACGGAGGUUUCAUCGAGGAAAGUGUCAGAAAAUGUUGUCGCAGUGGCUUAGGAAGAAAAAAAAGUGUUGUGCGUCUAGGUAAAUACGGAAAAUAAGACGCAUUAAAGGUCUGACGAACUAAACAAUUUUGUAAACAGACGCAUUAUACUGCCGUCUUAGACGUAUAAUUCCUCCAUAAUUCGAGACGCAUAAAAACAGACCAACUUAUUUGAAGUGUGAAUCCGCACAACUAAAAUUUGUAAUCCAGUGACCAACAGUCUUUCUCAAAAACGGUUUUUGGGCGGGAGAGGGGGAGGGGGUCAACAUGCGAGUUGUAAGUGCCUCUUGGUUCCGGCCUAGACGCCUUUAAACGUAAAUCCGGCUAAUAGUUAGGAAAUCGCAAGCGUAAUUUUGUUCACUGAUGCAAGAAUACUGAGAAAUUGCAUGUCUUGUACGUGUUUUUUACGAAGUAUAACUUGCGCUCGUCCGCAGUGCACGUAUCGAUUACAAGACAUACAUUUCUUUGCAGGAGAUGCGUGGACAAUGAUAUCCAAAGCCAAGACAAAUAUGGCAAUUUGUAUGUGCCAGUUAUAUAAAGUGCCCGAUAUAUCAAUCACCAAACAUGUACUCGCUACCUCUCCCGC